CUCGAACUCCAGCUUCCACAAUACCAAAUAUCUCACAAACCACCGAAGGUCUCUCCAACUCAUAAUAAAACGCCAUGUCCACGCCGACGACAUUCACACUCUUCCCCCUCCUCCUCCCCGAAAUCCGUCUCAUGAUAUGGGAAUACGCAAUCCAGCCUCGCAUCAUCACAUUCUCCUGCGAACUCCAUAAUUUCAACAUCCGACAUGCCCCUCAAAGCCUCUACCUCGUAGGAGGUGAUGCACCAUACGCGCACUUCACAAUAGACGUUCCCCAGCGUCCAACAUCUCCGUAUUAUCUCGUGCAAUGCUAUCCCGGCAGCGUAGCCUCGCCACCUCUGCUGAGCACCUGUCACGAGUCACGCCAGGUUGCUUUAACAUGUGGAUAUAAACCCUGGAGUAUCGAAAAUCAAAGCCUGGGCACGAGAGACGUGAUGUGGAAUCCAGCUCUCGAUAUCAUUUCAUUGGCAAAGAUUGACAAGAGUCAAGACAUCAACGAACAGUGUCUCGAUGUGUUCGUGGCGCUUUUCCCGGAGCAGGUCAGAGAGAUUCAGCGGUUGGUUGUUGAGACGGAUCGUUGGCCUCCAGGCCGAGCGGCAGGGAAUGCCUCCGAAUGGCUCGGGGCGAGAAUCGUUGAAUUUUCUGACUUGGUCGAGUUCGCGGUGCUUGUUGAGCCCUACACGAGAAGAUUCCUUGUUGAGUCUUACGAGACCGGAGGUCUUAUUGAGUUUUAUGAAAGCGAGUAUGAGCUGGAGGCGGCGGUUGAAGGCGUCAGAAACUGUUUAGUAACAGCAAAGGAACGGCGGAUGAGGAAGAUGAAGGCUGGUGGUGAAGAUUAUAGGAACUUGGAUAUGUGGUUUCCUUCGAGAAUUCGGGUUAUAGGGAAUGAAGUCCAGGUUUAAAGCCGAGAAUGAAGACUACCCGUUAAAUAGGUAGAAAACAAACUUAAUAUAAAAAGAACAUAUAAAACUCCUUAGAAAUGUAUUCGCU